AUGUUCUGGCGCUUUGGCGGGUACGCGCAGCUGUCGUCGCUGGACAGCAUCCUCGACAAGCCCGACGUGACGGUUGAGGAGCUGCUGGACGAGUCAGACCUCAUCCAAGAGCUCAAGCAGCAGAAUUCGAAGCUGAUCGAAUACCUCCGCGACGAGAAGGUCCUGGAGCGUUUGCUGCGCUACGUGAUCGCUCCGAAGCCCCUCAACUCGCCCAAAGAUGACGCCCAGUCCGAGUCCCAGAAGAGCGAGGGCUUCUUUGGGCGCGUCCGGGCGCGCUCGACGUCAGUCAAGUCCGACCCGGGCGAUGGCGAAGAGAGCAAGGAGGAGAAGCAGCGCAUGAAGUAUGCUUAUGUGGCCUGCGAAAUCCUGUCUUCCGAGGUCUGGUCCAUAUCCGAAGCCGUGCUGGAGAACCAGGACAGCCUGCGCCAGUUCUGGAACUACAUCAAGCAGCCAGCGCCGCUCGAUCCCGUGCAAGCUGGCUACUUCAGCAAGGUCAACGAAUCGCUGCUCGAUCGCAAGAUGGAGGAGAUGCUCGAUUUCUUCAAGUCCAUCGACAACGUUGUGACCGACAUGCUGCAACACGUCGACUGCCCCAUGAUCAUGGACCUGCUGCUGAAGAUGAUUAGCUUGGAAAAGAGCGAGGGCGGCCAAGGAAUUGUAGACUGGCUUCAGUCGCAGAACCUGGUUUCGCAACUGGUUUCGUAUCUGGCGCCCGACCAGCCCUCCAAUUGCCAGACCUCAGCCGGAGACUUUCUCAAGGCUAUCAUUACCAUCUCUGCAAAUGCCACCACCCAGGAUACCCAGGUAAUAGGACCCAACGAACUCACGCGCCAACUGGUUUCAGAACCGUGCAUCAAGCAGAUGAUUGGGUACAUGCUCCACGGUGGCAAUCCGCUCACCGUCAGCGUCGGAAUCAUCAUUGAGGUCAUCCGGAAGAACAAUUCUGAUUAUGAUCUGGAGAACCAGAUAGGUCCGGUGCCCAAAACCUCCGACCCGAUCUACUUGGGAACCCUUCUCCGACAGUUUGCAAACCACAUCCCCCAGUUCAUGGAGCUGGUCCACACCACUAGGCAAACUAUAUCCAAUAAAGACGGCUCAACCACCUCUAGGAAAAGGGAGCUCAAGACCGCUUUUGGUGAGAAGAUCGAGCCUCUCGGCUUUGACCGCUUCAAGACCUGCGAAUUGAUGGCAGAGCUUCUGCACUGCAGCAACAUGGCGCUCUUAAACGAGCGCGGCAGCGAAGCUGAGGUCAAGCGAAGAGACGCCGAGCGUGACCGGCUAAAGGCCGAAGGGAAGUUGACGGCUCGAGACCCCAACGCGGGCGACUUUUCAACGAGCGUUGAUAGUCAUGGCUUUCACCACGCUCGGGCGCCAUCUAGUGAAUCGCCGGAAGAGAUCAAGCGACUCGAGGUGCAGAACAACUCUGAGGACGACUUUGAGAAGGUUAUUGCGCCCGAAGCACCAUCCGCAGAGAAGGCUAAUAUCGAUAAGGAACAUGUUGGCGAGCCGCUGGAGCGAUCACCCAAGACGGAACCCAAGGAAUCUGGUGUUGGCAAGCCUGAAGAAGCCGAGGGAGAGUUCGUUGACGAGCCUUUAUCCCCUGUAAAGGACGCUGCGUCGCCUGCCAAGGACACCGCUUCGCCUGCAGCGGGCACACCUGGUAAGGUUGCAGAUGACGCAGAGUCGCCUACAUCGGCCGGUCUCUCCGCCAAGGUUGGUGGGUUGGGUCUCGAUAAUGAUACUGUCAUGGGCGAUACAGAGGAGAGCCAAAAAUCACAACCACCUGCAAGGGAGGAGAAGCCAACGCCACCUUCACUUCUGACCCAGCAGCUCACAAAGGCGGAGACAGAUCAAUCGGAGGAGAAGGACCUCUCGCCACAUCCAGAAGACAAACCUGCACCAUUGUUCUCUGGUAAGAACAAGGACACAGAUACCGCCGAGACUCCGAAACCAGAUGCUGCCCAUUUUAUGACAAGUGCUGCUGAAAGCGAGGAGUCGGAAGUCACGCCCAUCGAUGAGAGUAGCGAGACGAGAUCUGUCCUUUUCGGAGGUAUUGAAGCUCAAUACGCACCGCAGUACGAAGUCGAUGUGGACGGUUCGCCUGUUGUGGGAGACCUGCUCAAGAUCCAGUUUGUAGAGAACAAGGUUGUACCAACAAUCUUUGACUUCUUCUUCCGGUUCCCGUGGAACAACUUCCUCCACAACGUUGUAUACGAUGUUGUACAGCAAGUGUUUAAUGGACAGAUGGAACGCGGCUACAACCGCAGCCUUGCCAUCGAUCUCUUCGAAACCGGACGCAUCACCGAGCGCAUCAUUGAAGGUCAGCAGGCGAGCGACAAGGCGCAAGCAGAAACACACAUGCGUCUUGGCUACAUGGGCCAUCUCACCCUGAUCGCAGAGGAGGUCUUGAAGUUCACCGAGCGCCAUCCAGCAGAACUUCUCUCGCAGUCGGUCUUGGAGAAGGUCAUGAGCCAGGCAUGGAUAGACUACGUGGAGCAGACCCUGGCAGAAACAAGAGAGCGCGAUAACGCUAUUCUCGGUGGUGUACGUCCUGACAUGAGCGUCGGCCCUCGACAAGCCGUCCUCAACGCAGUUAACGCUCAAUCGGGCUUCAGCAAUGACGGAGGCUCUUCCCUCGCCAACGCAAAUAGCGGGAACAUUGGGCUUGAUAGCAUGGAACUUACUAACCCGGACAACGGCGGCGGAUACACAUUUAGCGGCGGUUCCUUACUCAGCGGAUUCACGAACUCGAGCGACGAGGAGGACGAGGAGAUGGACGAGGGCGGCGAAGAAAGAGAGCGCGAGCCACGGCAGCCUCCUGUGAGUGACUCGGAACAAGUGGGUGAACUCUCAUUUGAAGACGUCGAGAUGGACUACCGAUAA